GCCAUAUUGCGUUUGAGCUGUGUCAGGGGAUCAUGUCGCUCAGUCCCUGAUUUGUAAUUUUUUAAAGACAUUAAAUAAAAUAGAAGUAUAUGUUGUUACCUGUGAAAUUUUAUAAUUUAAUUUCUCGACAUUAUGCUAAUAUAAAGUUUAUAGUGAAACAUCGACAACGGUAUUUCAUAAAAGAAAAUAGCCCUGGGUUUAUACCAUUGAAAUAACCCAAGUUACUAGUGAACGUCGAACGACUACCAGAAGUGUCAGCCACGGAACGCCGUAAAUUGUACCAGGUUUGACACAAGGAAUGUAGUUUGGUCAACAUGAAUGGGGGAGUGAAUGGUACUAUGGAGGACCUCAAGGAGUUAUCUCAAAAAGAUUCCCCGGAACAUAUUGUGGAUGACAACGAAGAAACCAGUCUGGAAACAAAACAUUGCGAAAGUAGUCAAUUAGAACCUUAUGAUCAUGCUGCCAACAAUACUGAUGGCUUAGAGAAUAAUGAUAUAGUAUUAGCAGAAGAUACAAAUAGUUACAGUAUAGCGGACCAUGAACCAGACAAAUGCCUUAUAGAAACGGAUGUGCAGCAACAUGAAGAUGUCUGUAACAAUACCCUAGAAAAACAUUGUAGUGAUCGCAAUGAAUCACAUACUGAUUCUUUAAAUAUUCAACUGAACUCUGAAUGUCCACUAGAGGAGCCAAUGGGCUCGUUACUAGAAAUAGAUAACAGUAAAGAACAUAGAAUUCAUUCUAAUAAUGGGAUAUCCGACGAGGUUGAAUCGGAGAAUGAAUCAUCAGAAGAUGAUUCUUCGGAAACUUCAUUAGAACCAAGAGCAGAGGAAACCGUCAGCAUCAAUUCAGAAUCAGAAACAGAAGUGCAAGAUGAUUCCUCCCAAGAGAGUGAGCUUAGAUUACAAAAUAGUGAUGUAGUCUUAUCACAAAAUGAUAGGUCUGAAACACUUAAUGGAAGUUUAAACGACUGCUCAAGCUCUGAGGUUCAUGAAAUUCCUAGUGAUAAUGAAGAUUGUGUAAUAGCAGAGGCACAAAAACCAGUUGUGGACAACAAAGUGACUCAGUUAAGAAGAAGUAGCAGGACUAUCAAAAGAAAAAGGUACGAUGAUGAAAUAGGAAACGGUGAUCGGGAAUCCGAUUUAGAGGACCUCGUUCUCGAUGAUUGUUAUAAGCGGAAAACAAAACCUAUAUUUAUCAAUGACACUAAAGCUUUGGUCGAGAUGGUUUCUAAACAAAUGAAAUCAGGUAUACAAAAGAAAGAACCUACGGUAGUUAUCAUUGAUACAAAUUCCACUGGAAAAGGGCAUUCAGUAAAAAGGAAUAACAUGUCGUCUAUUAGUUCUUCUUUAGCCGCUCAAAGCUUAUAUCAAAGUAUUGUAGCCCGCGGUACCACGGUCACUCCUGUUAGCAGCAAGAAUAAUAACUUGUCGAGUCAAAGUAACUCCAGCUCACAGCCGUUGAUACUACCUUCUCUCACAGAUGAUAUGUUCGUUGUUGAAGCACCUUCUUUCAUAGUACCUUAUGUAUAUGAGAAACCUUCUAUAAAACCUUUUAGAGAAUUUGUAAAUAAUUUAGGUAACGAUUUAAAAGAGCAAAGAGCCAAAGAAGAAAAAGAGCUGAAGGAUAAAGAAAAGGAAGAGACAGCAAAGGAUAAAGUGAAACAAGAAAAGACGGAAAGUGAUGAAUUAGAGGAAUCAGAAGAAGAACACGAAGAUGUUGGCAAGAAGGAGAAUGUAGUUGAAGAAAAAAGUAAAAAGAAAAAUGAAGAUAAAAGAGACAGGCGUCGGAUCGGCAAUGAUGAUGAUGCUUCCUGGGAUGGUGAAUCUUCUACAGAUACUGAGGAAGAAAUUGGAUCUGACGAAGAAGAUAAAACCGUCGUCAUUAAAGACAAGGCCGAUGUUAUUGAUGAUAUAAAAGAUGUCACAGGAUUGACUGUUGAGAAAGUUGUCACUGGAAAAUCAGAUAAUUAUUUUGAUCUUUCCCUUGGUAAAUUUUUCAUGAAUAUCGGCCUCAAUCUUGUUCAGGAGUUUGUGCAAAAUGAUUUACUUAAGCAACAGAACAGAAAGCUUUACAGAGAAAAGAAAGCUGGACAUAGUACAAAAAUUACAGAGUCAUCAAUAGUGUCACUUACUAAGAAUCUAGAAUUCAGUAAAGAAAACAAUGCACCAUACAGGUUUAAACAACAUAAGUGUGAAUUUUGUAGUUUCAAAUCCGAGUCACUGCUGGUCAUGGCUCAUCAUUUGGAAACGCCACAUAUGAAGAAUAGUGUUUAUAAGUGCAACUUUUGCUCUUAUGAAAGUAGAAGUCCUCAUGAUAUACUGUACCAUUUGGAAGCUGAGCAUAAUACCAGAGGGAAGUUGGAAAGAGCACCCUCAAAUCAUCAGUGUGCUAACUGUCCUUUUGAAGAUAACGGAAAAGGAAAGCUCGCUCGCCACAUAAUAUCAUGUACUAAAAAGUUUAAACCAGAAUUUAAUUUGUCUCCACCCAUUGAAUGGGAACCUCCAGCAAAAAUACCAAAGAUUGGACGAGCUCGUAAUCCUAUGAUGGGUUCAUAUACAAGUUCUUUUCACCGAGGGCAAGUGGGUAAUAAUAUAGGCAGGCCACCUAUAGGUAACGUUAUGACGUCAUCUGGCUAUCGUCCUCGAGGUCGAACUCCUAUGUCCAUUCCGCCUAGAUCUACUCCUGUUCAGGGUAUUCCGAUACUUCGCAGCGGAAUAAUGGUCAGGCAUGCAAGCGCAUCUGGUGCCAAUUUUCCAAAUAAUGGAAAGAACUUGUCUUUAUCCAAAUCUCUCCAUCAACCAUCCAUAUCUAUCACUCCACUGCCACGGCAGCCUCAGCCACAACAACAGCCACAGCCAUCACAACAGAAUAAGAACACAUGUGUGAUCUGUGAAAUAUGUGAUGGUUAUAUUAAAGAUUUGGAGCAGUUGAGGAACCAUAUGCAAUGGAUACACAAAGUGAAAAUCCAUCCUAAAAUGAUAUACAAUCGGCCCCCUCUCAAUUGUCAAAAGUGUCAAUUUAGAUUUUUCACAGACCAGGGCCUGGAGCGACAUCUGUUAGGAUCUCAUGGCCUUGUUACAAGCUCCAUGCAGGAAGCAGCAAAUAAAGGCAAAGAUGCUGGCCGGUGUCCCGUUUGUGGCAGGGUGUACCAAUGGAAGCUUCUAAACCACGUGGCAAGAGAUCACCACUUAACGUUGAAGCCGGCCCACCUAUCAUACAAAUGCACCGUUUGUACAGCAACAUUCGGAAUGUAUAAGCAGUUUGAGAACCACGUGUAUUCCGCACAUAGCGUUGUAGCUAAACGUGUUAUGGACAAAGGGAAGCCAGCGCCGUCGACGAAGGCUGGACAGUCACUGUUAAAACCAUUGAAGAUUAACGACGAAAUCACAAUCAUACCGCAACCAGUUAAACCUAUAACACCACCGAGUAAAGAGAAAUAGGGAUCACAAUAUUGAAACGCCGAGAGCUUGCCGAUGCCUUGUCACUUCAUAACAUUGGAGAUAACAUCACUAGUGUACUAUCAGUACACAUUCCAAUAUGAUAGUGUACCCUCAAAAUAUAGAUCUUUAUUGAAGAGAAAAUAAAAUCACACUACUUUAAAGUAGAUGGGUUAAAAUGUUAGAUAUAAUAAGUGUAGAUUAUUAUUAAUCUGCUGCUUCGCGUUAUAAGAUUGUUUUUUUUUACCAAUGACCGCUUUUGACAGAACCACUGCAAACAAAGUGAUAUGUGAAUAUUGUAUAGACUGAUAUUGGAGCAUCAACCAUUGAAAUUUGCCGUAUGAAAAUCCAGUAGAAUAAGGCUUCUAUCACAAAACUAUAAUAAAUAUACUGACGAGUCAACAGCACCAUGCCACUGCCUCGGCUUCAAGCCGGUGAUAUACUGAGCAAAUAAAAUUAAUGUAAAAAUGUACUAUAAAUUGAACAAUAUUUAUGGCAGUGUUUCACUUUACAUAUGUUAUCAUCUAGUUGUAGUCUCUUUGAUACAUUGUUUGAUGAUAGGAAAUUACGCGUAUAUUGAAUUAAAUUAAAGCGAAAAUAAACAAAUUGAGAGUUUUAAAUCAGAAUGAUAAGUCCAAGUCGACAUCGUAAUGCUAUAUACAGGACACCAGUUUUGCAUUAAUAAAUCAUCACACAUUAUAGUAUUAAUGUCGGUUAUUGAAUGACAAACAGGUAAACAUUCGGGUAAACUACACAUAGUGUGAAGAUUGAAACUUGGAUUAAGUAUACUGAUUGGUAAUAUCGGACUAAAGUUAUUUGAUAUCAAUGAUUGUAUGAUGUAAAACAAAUAAUUUUUUAACAAAACGAAAUAUAUUUUUGUAAUAGACAAAGUGUUAGCGGAUUGCGAAGUUUAUCUAGAAUGAUGUAUAAAGAGAUUACAAUUAGCUUAAAAAUUUUACUUUAUUAAUUAUGUUAGUUGGAAAGUUUACAGACUUUCUUCACAAUUUUUACCUCAAUGAUUAAGUGAAAGUAGGAUGUAUUCCUAGUAAAAUUAAUUGAAUUGAUUGAAAUUAAUUAUAAAGAAAAUGUAAGUUUUUCCUUUAAGUAAUUAUCGAUGUUAAAAUGCUUAAUGCUGGCUACCAUUAAAUUGUUUGAACUUUUAUCAUAAAAAUCGAUCGAAUCGAAAGUUUCUUAGUAUAUGUUCGACUUAUUGCAAUUGCAUGAAAAUUGCACGAAAUGUUUAAAAGUAAAAAAAUUGCAUUACAUUAAAAACACAUGUAUGUGAAUUUUUUUAGAUAAUAAUUGUAACGAAAUGAGAAACGAUCUGUUAUCAUAAUUUUUAUGGCAACACAACACUUAAUUUUUUUUAAAUAUUAUUUGAGUACUCUAACAAAUUCUGAAGAUUUAAAUAUAUUUUAAAUUUGAUUUCAUUGCAUGAUUUUGAGGAUUUAUCUGAACUAGAUAUUGUAGGAAAGGGGGAUAAAUGUUAUAAAAUAUUUGUUGAGACUUUUUAAUACUUAGAGUGUGUAUAUAAUAUAGAGAAUAUCCAGAUAAUAUUGUUACAUAUAUAAUUUUUUACUUAAUCUGUACUUGACAUGACUAUUAAACAUGGUCUUAAUUCAGGCCGAAUUACAAUAUUUUAAUAUAAAAAUUUUAUCUAGCCUGUGGUAAUUGUUAAUUAGAAAUGUAUUUCUUAAUCUGUAUUUUCCACUUUUUUACAAGUAAAAAAUAAUCUGUUCCAUAUUGAGAUUUUCAUUCUGUUUUCCAUGUGAAGCAAAAUAACAAGCUCCUAAAAAAAUACCUAGUAUAAAUAUACCUGCAUUAUGAUAAUACUAAUUUGACAAUUGACUAUAUGUAUACAUACUCUAAGUGUGAAAGUAUUUCAUCAUUAUAUAAAUAAUGAUAAAAUAUUAUUGUAUCAUCACAAAGAGAAUUGCAUGCUUUCUCAUAUCUGUCUAGUAUGAAAUCUGUUAUUUCGUUAAAGCGGUUAUAGUAUAAGCGUGAAGACCAAUCCUACCAAAAGAUUAUCUAAAAAUAUAUGGAAGUAUGUUAUCGGUGUUCAAAAUUAAACAGUGGUUUAAUCUUAAUUUUAGACAAAUUUAAUCUUAAUCUGAUGAUGAUAGAUUUCAAGUAAAUUUAGGUCUUUGUGCUCAUAGUACGCCAUUUCAACCAUAUUAACUUAUUGUAAUAUUUUUUUAUUAAUAAACAACAACGAAGUCCAGGUACCAAAAAAAUUUUAACACUUAAAUACAAAAGCGGACAGUAAAUUAUGAUUAAUAUUAAAGUAAUGUAUGAAUACUUUGAUCUUUGUCAACAUUUAUGAGCGAAUUCUCAAUAAGUCUUUAAUAUAAUUUGGUUAACGUAUUUGAUACAAUAGUUAAAUGUGUGAUGUUGGAAAUUAUGCUUGGAAGCCUUAAACAACAUUUUUUGCACGGUAACUAUAGGAAUGACUUUAUGCUGGUAUAUUUUAUUUACCCCCAGCUUAUUGGCAGGUUGACACAGAAUUACUAGAUUGUAUGUGAAUUAUUUUUAUGGUAAAUCCUAUAUAACAUUACCUACCAGCAACGUUUAGAAAAUACAUUUGGAAUGAUGUAGUAUAUUUGAGUUGCUUAAUUCAAUUAAAAACUGUGUUGUUACUGCCUCAGGUACAAAUAUAUUUUAACACUAUGCUUGUUUAUACAUAGGCUGUGUACUGACAUAGAAGGGUAUAAUAUAUUUAUUCUUAUUAAUUAAUAAGAAUAGCUGUAAUUAUAUUUUUCGUCUAUGAAAAUAUUAUGUCAAAUAAUCAGAUAUAAUAUUUUUUCUAAUUGUUUGGUUUCAUUUUUAUUUAGAUAUAUCUAUUCUGUAGGUAUCUGAAAUGUAUUAAUGUUUUUGAUUAUAUUCUUAAGACUCUUGUAUCCAGUACUGCGAUUGAUUGGUUGUAUAUAUUUUUUUACAUUUCCAUGUUUCAUUUCUAUGGAAAAUGCCUCGACAAAUUAAGUUUUGUCUUAAUUUAGUAUGGAAUAAGUAAAAUGUUCUACCACUGUCAUCUCUUAGUGUUUAAAGUAGGAUUUGACGAUAUGAUUUAUAUUUGGUAAUGAAACUGAAUUCGGAUAUGUUGUAUAAUAUUUAUGUUCAUGUAUUUUUUUAUUCAGCUGACAUUUCAUAAUUAUAUCUGCAGCCAAUGUUAUUUCUUGAUCUAGAUAAUAGAAUGUUUCAUUCAUUAUAUUUCAGACAUUUGUUUGAUACGAAUGUGUGGAAUCAGUAUUGCCAAUUGGCCCGUCUAGCCUGUGCCUAAUUUAAGAGUCGAUACUAGUAGGCUAUAAUACCACCCUAACUGAAUUAGAUUGAGGCAUUCCUACAAAAUUUUCUGUUGUCUAAGGAGGAUGGUUUAUAUUUAUUAUUUAAAUUUAGAUUGUUUUCAUUUAGUUUAAAGUCUAAAGAUGUUUUUUUUUCUUUUAUUAAUGUAAGAAUGAUGGAAUGGCGCUGUGGAAGUCGUUUGUUAAGAAAUAUGAAGUGCGCCGUAAUAAAGUUUUGUAACAUUUUGUUAUAUUGUAAAUAUUUGGUAUCGUUUAAAUAUUUGUAAUAAAGAUACCUUACCACGACAA